AUGGAUUGGAAUCGAGGAGACCAGGUCCUGCUCGCCGUCGAGAAUCUGAAAAUGGAUUCUUAUAACAUUGAAUCAAGCAAUGCUGAUUGUUUAGAUUCUCGACCUUUAAAGAAACCAAAAUGUGAACAGUUGAAUGAUUGCGAUCUGUCACCAUCGCCUCGAUCAUCCACCUACAUUGAAUCAAGCCCUGUAUAUGAUUUAGAUGCUCGGCCCUUGAAGGAAGUAAAAUCUGAACAGAUGAAUGAUCUUGACAUAUCACUGUCGCCUCCCUCACCAACCACCCUGGGAUCAUCAUCUCCGGGAAAUAAUUCUUAUACUAUUGAUUCAAUUGUAGCCGAGAAAGUGGCAUGUUCUGAAUUGCUUGACUUUGAUUCAGAUAAUGACAGAAGAAUUCAUCAAAAUCAACAUGAACAAUACAAAGUCGAUCAAACAUAUGACUAUCUCCCACAAGAUUAUGAAAUGACAGACCUGGACUACUGUGCUCAAAUAACAAUAGAAACAUCUUCAGAAUCUGAUAUACUUGUGAAGAUAGAUGACAUUUUUGUCACACAAGCUCAAUUGUUAUGCUUGCUAGAUCCAUUAAAAUUCCUAAAUGAUGAUGUCAUCAGCGCGUAUAUAUGUUGCAUAAAGGAUCAAGCCCAUUUAAAAAGUAGGGAUGAUGUUAAAUUUUACUUUGAGAAUCCCUUUAUUUCUGUAUUGCUUAAAAGGGAUGGCAAGCUUGGAGUUGGUCAAGAUGGUAACAAUAUGACAAAGAUUGUGAGAAACUAUCUAAAGCAUGAAAUGGUUCUAAUUCCAAUAAAUAUCAAAGAAUUACAUUGGUAUUUGGCUAUUAUUAACACACUGAAGUGUGAAAUACAAGUACUUGACUCAUUGUGUUGGGACUCCAACCGAGGUGACCUCGUCGAUACGCUGCAAGGACUACAAUAUCAUUUGAACAUAAUUGGAAGGCAACAAAACAUGAUUAGCCAUAAGUGGAAAGACCUCCAGAUUAUUUCAUGGAAAAUCACAGAACAACUACAAGAGCCAAUGCAGAAAGAUGGGGAACUAUCCGGUUAUCUUGUUUCUCUCUUCAUGUGCAUAUGGAAAGAUGAAGAACUACAGUUGCCAGUUUUAAAGGAUGGCUACGAACUAAGAAAACAAUUUAUGGCACAACUAUUAACUUACAAGGAGAAUGAAUGUGAAGAAAAUAUGCCUGCUGGUGUUCGAGACUUUCUUAGGUAUAUCAAUGCUACUCAAAGUUAG